ACUCGUCUCCUCGCCCGGAUGGUCCCCCGGAGCCGCGGGCGGAUGGAGCCGAGCUACGUCGUGGGUAUCUGCUGCCUGGUGCUGCUGAAGCCAGGCCGGGUGUGGAGCGGCGAGCCCAGCACCGGGGGACCCGGGGAGAGCGGGAACAGCAGCCAGGCACCGCCGCCGGAGACUACGGUCCCCGCGCCCACCGGAGCGCCACCACCGGGGGGGGACCGCUGCCGCGGGUACUACGACGUGAUGGGGCAGUGGGACCCGCCGUUCAACUGCAACGCCGGCAUCUACCAGUACUGCUGCGGGACAUGCGGGUAUCGCUUCUGCUGCCAGUUCAAGCCCGGGCGGCUGGACCAGAGUGGCUGCUCCAACUACGACACCCCCAACUGGGUCAACACGGGCCAGCCGCCUGCCCGGGUGGAUGAGACACCCGAGGACCCCACUCGUGACAAGACCAACAUGAUCGUUUACAUCAUCUGCGGUGUGGUGGCCAUCAUGGUGCUGGUGGGCAUCUUCACCAAGCUGGGCCUGGAGAAGGCACAGGGUCCUCAGACAGAGAUGACCGUCUCCAGGACACUGACAGAUCUGCUGAAGCAGCCAGGUCACAGCCCUUCUGAGAACAUGGACAGCCUCAUGGGGGGUGUGCAGGUCCUGCUGGAUGAAGGGCUGGCCCAGGAGCCUCCCAGAAACAGCACAGACAAACUACCCUUGAACAACGCAGUGGCCAUUGCCCCCUCACUGGGGCGGCCCCAUAGCCACAGCAAGCGCCUGCCACUGGCUAGCAGCCUGGCCCUGUCAGCCCCGGACUACACUUCCUACACCACCCUAAAGGUUGGAGAGAGUGCCACUGAGGACUUCUACAGGCGGUUCAGGGGGCUGGAGCCAUCGCCUGCCAGCACACUGACCUUCCCAGCUGAGACGUCAGUGCUGGCCGAGGGCUGCCCCCUGCCCAAGGCCAAGGGCCCCAAGGUGCCAGGGGGUCUGGCCUUCCCAGGGGCCUGGGAGAGGGGCCCCCAUCGUGGCCCCCGCCGUCCGGGCCUGGCUCCCCUGCGCCCUGAGGGACCACCCGAGGCCUUUGGCCCCUCCACCUCGUAUGGGCAGAAACCCCACCAUCUCGCCACCAAAAGCAAGACUGAGGUCACUGUCUGAUGGCCUGUGCCAUAGAGGACUGAGGCUGCCCCCUUACGUGGCAGUAGCUGUCAUGGGGCAGCCCACCGGAGGAGAGCAUCACAGGACUUACACAAACUGCGAUGCUGGCUGGAAAGGGAGACAUGCCAUCCUUCCCAGCCCCAGGGAUGAGGACGUUCAGCUGCACUUCACCAUCGAGGAGGCACUGGGAACUCAUCCAGGCAACAAGUUUCAGGCUUUCUCAACCCAUCCCCUGAAGAGGCUGAGCCGGAGACACAUUGGCAGAGCCAUACCCUGCUCAGGGGAUGGGGGCCAAUGCUGGACAGAUUGGGAGUAGAUCUUGCUGGGGCCAGGCAACCCACACCCGGCUCCUCUGACUAGGCAUGGGGAAGAGCAAUUGACUCAAAGCAUUGCCCCUAUGCUGCCAGCAAAGUCUGAGCAACCCCUUUCCCUCCCAAGCCUCUUCCCUUCCCCAAUGCUCCACCCUCCACCUUAUCAAUAAAUACCACAUUAAACUGUAUGGCCUUGGUAUGAUUUGGCUGGGGAACUUCACACUGCUCACAAAACCUUCCCCCAGGGCAGCAUGGCACAAAGCCCACUCCCCCACAGGGCCUGGGGAAGCCCCCAUGAUGGGGGACAUGGUGGGAACACAGCUUCCAGGGUCAACUGCAAAACCUUUCAAGCAGCUGCACAAAAACCGUAUCUCCUCUGUCUGAAGUUUACUCCUCUGUCUGAAGUUUAAUGGUUCUGACAGAGUUUUACCAGGGGGAGCAGAGAAAGAGAUGGAGCAAAAGGACAUUGUUCUAAAGCAAGGCCAGGUAACAGCCUUCCUCCCAUAGAGAAGGUCCUAAAAUUGCAGGCUUCUAGCCCAGCUCCACCUUACUUGGCUCUGUUCAAGCCAUCAUCCUCUUGAGUUGCUCCCAGAGGUGCAUGGAGACACCACACUUGCUCCACUGAUGGACUUUCAUUGCAAGCCAUCCUGUUCUGUUCUCUAGGUUAUCUGGACAAAGGACUGACAACUUCCCAAGGUGCCUGUGCGUUUUAUGUCUCUAAAGGCCUUUUGAAGCUCACCUCUGCUUAAGAGCAACUUGCUGGGUGGGAUGAAUAGAGCUAAGAGAAAGAGGGCAGGUGGGAGGUAGUAGUAACAUUCAUCUUUAUUACGUAACAGAUGUUCAGAAGCCCUGGAACAGGGCUUUCAGAUAGCAGAUAUGUUCCCUGGGGAACUUCUCCACCACCAGUUGAACCUCAUAUCACAAAGCAUCCCUACUCUGAACUCCACUAUGUUUGCGGAUAAACAAACUUUCUUCACAUAAUCCAUAAAAUAAUUUCCUCCCACUCACAAACCAAAAAGUUACAGUAUAUACACACACAUAUAAAAAAAGUUGUAGGGACAGAUAGCAAAUUUUCAGAAAAAAAACCAGGACAAAGAUCUCUCUCGCUGGAGGUGGCAGAGACAUAACAGCCAUGCUAGGACUCUCAGUGCUUCAUGCUAUUCACUACCUGCUUCUCGUAGCUCCUUGCCCAGCCCCCAGGGUUCAGACUACCAUUAGUGACAAAGUGAAACCUCAGCAUCACUGCUUUCCCAAAGCCUUAUCUCUCAUUUUACUAAAGCACAGAACUGUCCAUGUGCUACACGCAGACCUGGAGAAAUGCAAGAUAACUCAAGAGGUUGCCACAGGCAAGGAGUUUCUUGCCACAGGCAAGUAUUUUAGGAAAAUAACUCCAUGACAAGGAAGACAGCAUGAGAGCCGUGGAAGAGAAAAAAAAUCAGGAAGAGGCAACCUACCUCUCGAAAUAGGAUCACUGAAAAGCUAGGGAACUUGGAAAUGACCAAUCAAGAGCUGUUCUGCAUACUUAGGGUACCUCCUCAAAGCCAAAGUUGCUGCCACCAGAGCUCCCCUACACUGAUCAGACACUCUUGAGAGCAACCUCUUUCUCUCAAACAAUGAGCUGCCCCUCCAACCACUGUCUCCAGGAAGCAAGGAAUA